UCUCCUCUGGUGUUCAGCCCUGAGCUGAGCCGUUCAGACGGGGGGAGAGGGGCGGUGCUGGCCCUGCCCCUCUCCCCCGGCCCAACACUCCGGCUGGCUGCCUCUGCCCCGCCACUGCCCGGCAGGGAUGGAGGUGUAGACGAGCAGCAGCAUGCUCACUGACAGCGAGGAGAGGCAGCGAUGAGGAAAACACCCGGAGCGGAGCAGAAAUGCGGAGCGGUGCUGGGAGCGGGCUGCUGAGAGCGUGUUCGCCCCGCGAUGAGACGCGGAGCUCCGGAGCGGCGGUGCGGAGCUGGACGGGACAUGAGGGCAGCCUGGAUCCUGGCUGUGAGCGCCCUCAUCACGGCUCACACUGCCGGGGCAUCCCCGCUGCUCCCAGACCCGGAGGUUUUUCUGGAGAAGUUCGGCUACCUGCACCAGGACCACCACCUCCACAAUGCGGUGGAGGUGCGGUCAGCCAUCCGCGACUUCCAGUGGUUGUCCCGGCUUCCCGUCACGGGUGAACUUGACAGCGCCACCCUGAGGCAGAUGAAAGAGCCCCGCUGUGGGAUGUCGGACGAGGGCAGCCAGCAUAUCUGGGCUAAGAGAGUGAACGCCAUCUUUACCGGAAAGAGGGCCGCAGCGGGGCGGCCUCAGAGCCGCAGGAAGCGCUAUGCCACACAAGUGGAGAAGUGGUACAAGCGCCACCUGACCUAUCAGAUCGUGAACUGGCCUCGCCAUCUGUCUCUGGGCUCUGUGCAGCUGGUGGUGCGCGCAGCGUUCCAGCUGUGGAGCAACGUGUCGGGCCUGGUCUUCCAGGAGGCCCCCGAGGGACCCGCAGACAUCCGGCUGGCGUUUUACGAGGGCGACCACAACGACGGGGCCAGCAACGCCUUCGAUGGACCAGGUGGAACGCUGGCUCACGCCUUCCUGCCCCGCCGUGGUGAAGCUCAUUUUGACAUGGCAGAAAGGUGGACGCUGAACGGACACAAGGGACACAACCUGUUCAUGGUGACCGCCCACGAGAUCGGACACACCCUGGGGCUGGAGCACUCCCCGGUGCGACACGCUCUGAUGUCACCGUACUACAGGAAACUCGGACGCAAUCUGGUGCCGAGCUGGGACGACAUCAUCGCGGUGCAGCAGCUGUACGGUAAGCCGUCAGGUGAGCGCCCGGUGAGGCUGCCGGGUCAGGUCCUGCACGCCGCCCUGCAGCAGUGGGAGUUCACCGAGCUUCACAACAGGCACAAGACCACAGAGCAGCCUCUCUACUGCCAGGGCGUCUUCGAUGCCAUCACCAUGGACCAGAAUGGCACGGUGCUGGUGUUUCGGGCCGGCGUGUACUGGACGGUGUCGGCUGAAGGCAGCGUGAGCAGCCCGCUGCCCCUCCGUCAGCGCUGGCCUGACCUCCCUCCCGCCAUCGAGGCCGCUGCCUUCUCCCCACUGGACUCCAAGUGGUAUUUUUUCAAAGGGAAGCGGAUGUGGCGCUACACAGGCAGCGGUCUGGACCCUGGCUUCCCCAAGAAGAGCAGUGAGCUGGGGCUGCCCCGCCACCCGGACUGUGCCUUCUUCUACGCACCUCUGGGUCACAUGGUCCUCUUCAAGGGCUCCCGCUACUCUGUGCUCAACCUGCAAACCCUGCGCCAGGAGCCCUACUACCCCCGCAGGCUGGCGGACUGGACUGGGGUGCCACAGGGGACCAAUGGGGCGUUGACACGUCCGGGUGGGCGCCUCUAUCUGUUCAGGGAGCAGCGCUUCUGGAGGUUUGACCCGGUCAAGGUGCGAGUCACCAGGGAGGGUCAGUGGGCUCAGGACCUGAGCUGGACUGGCUGCAGCAACACGCCUCAGAGCAAUAACAUUCUUUGACCAGCAGGUGGAGCUGUAAGCUUGAGAUAAAGUGCAAUUUGUUGAUGUAUACUGUAAAAAUACAAAAAGGUGGUACUGUU